UUUCGAAAGUUUCGGCUGCUCCAAACGGCCGUUGAACGUGAUCCGCUGGCUCAGCACCACUCGGCACGAGAAUAAACAUAAACAAUCGUUGAUCAUAUUAUUGCGGAAGAAGAUAAUACGACAUAAAUAACAGGAUGGAUCUGUUUGCAUGUCUCGAUCCAAAAUUCGGGUCCAAAGGAAGACUGGAAACAUUCAACAACUGGCCUUUCAGCCACAACGAUCCCUGCAAUCCAAAAGCAAUGGCAGCAGCUGGCUUCUUCGCUGUCAAUGGUACAGAGGAGCCAGAUCUCGCUGAAUGUUUCUUCUGUGGGAAACAGUUGGACGGUUGGGAGGCCACUGAUGAUCCCUGGGAGGAGCACAAGUCUCACCAGGUCAAUUGUCCCUACAUCAAACUGAACAAACCCGUAGAACAAGACUGGACGCUCGAGGAAACAUUUGCAUUGCUGCAGGAAUACUACAGAAGUCAGUGUGAGCAAAGAGUAAAGUCUCUGAAAGAGAACUUGGAGAACGAAAUGAAGAUAUUAACAGCUGAAAUUCCAAAACUCCUGCAAAAAUCGCGAAAGAACAAGAGGAGCAUCAAAUAGCACUAUAUCAGUUAAUUAAGCAUAAGUUAUUUUAAUCUUUGUACAAUUUUUAUAUUUUUUUAAUCGCAAUUUUUUUAUUCAUAUUUGUCAUUAAACGAUGUAUGAGUGACGAAAGAUCCCCUGAUCUCGAUGCUUUGAAACCGAGGAAAUUUCCAAAAUAUAAUUAGGCAUUUCAUCUUUCACGUUGAUCAGAACAAUAAAGGAAUUGAAAUUGUUGUCAGCUGAAAAACUUCCAUUGUAGCUGAUAGCAAUCGAAUAAAUAAUCAUUCAAUCAUCA